GUAUGGACACAUAGGAUAACAUGCCGGGGAUGGACACAUAGGAUAACAUGCCGGGGAUGGACACAUAGGAUAAAACGCCGGGGAUGGACACAUAGGAUAACAUGCCGGGGAUGGACACAUAGGAUAACAUGCUGGGAUGGACACAUAGGAUAACACGCCGGGGAUGGACACAUAGGAGAACAUGCCGGGGAUGGACACAUAGGAUAACAUGGCGGGGAUGGACACGUAGGAUAACACGCCGGGGAUGGACACAUAGGAGAACAUGCUGGGGAUGGACACAUAGGAUAACAUGCCGGGGAUGGACACAUAGGAGAACAUGCCGGGGA